CAAUUACUAGAUAGUAAUUUGAAAAGAACAUUCCACCAAUUAUUUUUGUCUUGAUGUCGAUAAGAUUAUUGAACUUCAAACAGACCUUUAUCAGCAAAUGUUCGAUGGACUAGCUAAUAUAAGAAGGUGCAGUUAUCGUAUUGUCCAGUGAUAUCCAUUCGUACCUUUACGAUCUAUUCUUUGCUUCUAUAAAUCAAAAUGGCGUUCUACGGAAAACUCUACACUUUGGAAAAAAAUGAAAACUUCGACGGCUUCAUGAAAAGCUUGAACCUCCCUCAAGAGCAAACAGAUGCCUAUAUCAACUCCAAGCCUUCCCAAAAGAUUGAAAAAGAUGGAGACUACUACGUCAUUACGACCAACUCCAUAACGGGAACUAGUGAAAUCAAAUUCAAGGAUGGUGUUGAAUUUGAUGAAGUGUUUUCACCUGAAAUUACCACCAAGAACACAAUAACUGUAGACGGCAACAAAUUCACACAAGUGCAGUCCCUUGGUGACAAAUCUGUUACAUACGUCAGAGAAUAUUCGCCUGAACAAUUAGUAGUCACCGUCACAUCUAACUUCUGGGACGGUACAGCGAAAAGGUACUACGUCGCCUAGUAAAUGUAAUUAAUUUUGUUUAUUAAGGUGGUUACUUAUAAGAUUAAAUGUUGUACAUCGUAUAAUCAGGAUUAGAUCUCAAUCAAGAACGAGAGAAAUACAAAUUAUUUAUUUAGGAUAGAAAUUAAUACACAUUUUCGAAAUAAAACUAUUU